UCUAAAUGUCUCAGUUUCGUGUUUUCCGUUCCUUCUCUGCCACUUUGUCCUCACGUUUCUUUAGCAUACUAGCAUAGUGUUACUUUGGAGUUAUGUAGAUGUAUUAUUUAUAUCUUUUUUUUUUUUUUUACCUUACGUUUACGUUAGCCUUCGUGUUUUGUACGUCUGACAGAUUGGGCAAGGAUUAAUGCUGUUACUGUGCACGACUGUGAAUUGUAUCUGUCUUUCACCCCACGUACAAUGGUUCCUACAUACUCGACAUCUUAUCCACGCUACAGGGUCAAACUACUGCUGCCAUUCGUCCCAGAGGAAUCACACCACCACAAUCUAUGGAAUUCUUCAUAACUGAUAUGGUUAAAAACAGACGACCCCCUCAUGACCAGAUUAGACGCUUAUUGCCCCGCAGGUCAUUUGACUUUGACGCCUCUGAUCUUGCUGAGCAGCAAACAUGGGGAAGAAAGAUGCCAGCGCAACCAGAUUACCAGUCGAUCAGUACAGAAAACAGAUUGGUAAACAGGAUUACAAAAAGACAAAGUCAGUCUUAAAGGCCACGCGACUGAAAGCUGAAGCGAAGAAGAAUUCCUCUGGAUUCAGGGAUGCAUUCCUUGUCGUUGCUGCAAUCCUGUUGUUUGUGCUCUGCGUCUAUGCGUUUUUCUACCUCAACCUGAGCACAGAGAUUGACCUGGACGUGGAUUUGGAUUAAUAAGCGGUGGACUUUGUCCUGACGGUCACAAAUUGUGCUCGGUCUGUAAGCGGUGACAAUUCUCUGUCAACAAGUUCCUGGCCAUUUUUGAGAUUUGAUAUUUUAUUUUCUACAGGGUGAAUAUGCAAUUCAACUGUAAUCAGUACAGUACUGGCAGUAAUAACCUACGUCAAAUCCAUAAAUUGUAUUUAAGUGUUCCUGAAAAUCCUUGAUUCCCUUUCCUUUGACCUCGUGAUUUAUGAUAAAAUCUAUAUUCUGAAACAAAACUGCGCCUGAGUCUUCCAAGCCGUACAGUUGAGCGCAAACUCUUUUAAUCAUAUUCCGCGGAGUCACGUCCCACUGUUUUCUCCACUAAUAGAAAAAUGCAAAUCUCCCGCUGCACCUCUCGUCACAUCAGGACAAACACUUGCCUCACAUUCCGGUGCACAAACGUCUCCUCCAGGAUAGCAGGAGAUCACAAAGUGUGAGAUUAGAAUCCACAAAGCCCUUGUUCUGAUUGAACAUGUGUGCAGAAUACAGAACCACACAUUGUACCUGCAGCACAUACAUGCAGCACUUAGACGUCCGCAGGAUUAGCAUCACAAAUAGGCUGCUGUACUUUCAUU